ACGCAGUCUAAAAAUCUCUAGCUCUAUGUGAUUAAAAAAAUUAAUUGGAAAGUAAUUGAGUUAAAACAUGCACCUUCUCUGGGUCAGGUACAGCUGGUUUUUGAUCCGUGCAAAUGAUGUCUUAGAUCAAAAUUCAAAAAGCAGUGUGGAAGUUGGGAAAUGGGUCGCGGGGAAAUUGUUCCGAGGGGCCUCUGUGAUCCCAGAUAAGGAAGUGUGGGGUAUACAUUGGAAUCGCCUGGAAGGCUUAUCAUCUGGGGUCUGAUUGAGGUCUGGGGUCCCCAUCCUGGGCUGUGGGGAACUCUUGAGUUGAACAGUAAAGUGGCCACAUUUAUAUUUUGAGAUGAGUCUCAGAAGUCCCAGAGGAGAACUGGGAAGGAGGCAGCAAAAGAGCAAUGUUCCUUAGCAUUCAUUUGUACCUGUUGGAUGACAAGUCCUCUGCCAAACCAGCUCCUGCCCACUCACGCACCUGCACCGUUGUCUGUAUGUACAGGAGGCCACAAAUCACAUUAAGUCAGACGCAUCCAAGUUACCUUCAGGCACAGGCACCAUGAGCAUUCCAGCGCUGCUCCUGCGUCCUCCCCGGCCCCUCCUCAGAGGCCUUUGCACUGGAACUUUCCAUCGCUACCACUGCAUCUUGUACUCGAGUACUCUUCUCGGACGGGGAGUCCCCUGCGCCCAGCCAUUGAAGCCUCUUAGACGCGGUUAUACAAAGCAGAUGCUGCUGUCCAGUGGUUUAAGGAGAGAAUUCUGUGCACAAACGACCUUGAAAGACUACACAGAGGAGCUUUCUGAUAAAGAACAAAGACUUGUGGAUAAACUUUACACUGGUCUAAUCCAGGGGCACAGGGCUUGCUUGGCAGAGUCCAUAACUCUUAUCGAAUCAACUCACCACAGGAAAAAGGAGAUAGCCCAGGUGCUUUUGCAGAAGGUGUUAGUCUACCAUCGAGAACAGGAACAGUUAAAUCAAGGAAAGCCGCUAGCCUUUCGAGUAGGAUUGUCUGGACCCCCGGGUGCUGGGAAAUCCACAUUUAUUGAGUAUUUCGGGAAAAUGCUCACUGAGAGAGGGCACAAGUUGUCUGUGCUAGCUGUGGACCCUUCCUCGUUCACUAGUGGUGGAUCCCUGUUAGGCGAUAAAACACGGAUGGUUGAGCUAUCCAAAGACAUGAAUGCGUACAUCAGACCAUCUCCUACCCGAGGGACUUUGGGGGGCGUGACGAGGACCACAAAUGAAGCUAUCCUGUUGUGUGAAGGAGGGGGGUACGACAUCAUUCUUAUUGAAACUGUAGGUGUGGGUCAGUCGGAGUUUGCGGUUGCUGACAUGGUCGACAUGUUUGUUUUACUACUGCCACCAGCAGGAGGAGAUGAAUUGCAGGGCAUCAAAAGGGGUAUCGUUGAGAUGGCAGACCUGGUGGCGGUUACUAAAUCUGACGGAGACUUCGUUGUGCCAGCGCGAAGAAUCCAAGCAGAGUACGUGAGCGCCCUGAAAUUGCUCCGCAAGCGCUCGGAAGUCUGGAGCCCACAGGUAGUUCGCAUCUCUGCGCGCACGGGCGAGGGCAUCGCCGAGAUGUGGGACAAGAUGAAGGAGUUCCAGGACGUGAUGCUGGCCAGCGGGGAGCUGGUGGCCAAGCGGAGGCGGCAGCAGAAAGUGUGGAUGUGGAAUCUCAUUCAGGACAACGUGCUAGAACACUUCAAGGCCCACCCCGCGGUCCGGGAGCAGAUUCCGCUUCUGGAAAGCCAAGUCCUCCGCGGGGCCUUGCCCCCAGGGCUAGCAGCGGACAAGCUGUUGAAAACUUUUCAAAGCAGAGACUCAUAAAAAUGUAUCCUGUUCAAUCAUUUUGUAUAAUUCUGCGAUGUGUCUUAGUAUCCCUUACAGAAUCACCGGUGUGUUUAUCGUCAUCACAGAGGGCCUUGAUGGAUUUAGGACUCUGCUCGACGGCUUGGAGGAAGUUGGCCUUGGUGGGGAGGUUUAGCCAGCCCGCAGUGCGUGGCGGAAGCGGUUGUGUUGCUGAUGUUCGCUUCUCUCCCACCUGCCCCGGCCCAGUGCCCUGCCCGCCUGUCACCUCUUCCCCUCGUUAGGAGCAGAGAAGCCUGGGGAGGAGAGGAAAGAUCAUACAACGUAAAAUGCUUAUCUUGACUCUACAUCCUCUUCAUUUCCAGAGGCUAUACAAGCAAGAAGGACCACAUUGAUUUUUUUUUUUCACUAUUUGAGACCAGAAUCAUGCACAGCUGGUUUCUGAGAGUUGAGACUCACGAUUGGCAUUUAGUAGCAGCCUCUUGUGAGACUUUCUGGAAGGGUUAUGUACGCUCGUAACCAAGCAGCUCCAGUAGUGGAAGAUGUGAACGUACUCUUAAAGUCUGUCUGGAUUUACACCCCGCUGCAGGUAGGGGAACCAAAAGAGGAGCCUCAGUGACAAUUGCGGAUCUCUGAAUCGCAGGAGUUUGAGCACACGUGGAGGAGACACCAGGUUAGAUGAGGACAGUUCGGACUACUCCGCGUGAGCGUCGCCACGCAUGCUAGCGUCUCUUCUUCUUUGGCCACUUCGCUUUGUAUUCUUGUUGUAGAGAUCCACAUCUUUCUUGCCUUGAGGAGGAAAUAAGUAUGAUACGGCAACUCAGAACUUGCCUUGUAGAGCUGAGUGGGUUUAAGUUUAAGCCAGAUUACCCACUGUAAGCUUGGACACGUUUCCUAACCUGCAGGACUUGAUUUUCCCACCUGAUAAGAUGGAAUUGGCCCAGGACUUCAUAGUUACGGUUGGGUGAGGGUUAGAUGAGAUGAUUCGGGAAAAUCGCUCAUCCUUCCUAGUGGCACAGAGGAGACACCCAAAGGCUGCUUGCUCCCUUUAUUACAUGAAUGCUAUAGGUACCCAAGGUUGCACAAACCUUACAUCAUUUAAAGUUUGUUCCAUGAUGUUUUUUACUACCAUCAUGCCCUGUGAUAUCUUAUAAUUAUCUUUAAAGUACCCAUGUUUUGUUUUGGUGCUGGUGCUGAGGCUUGAACUCAGGGCCU